AUACAACUAAGUGUUACGAUUUGUAAUUUAGGCAUACGUGACGCUUAAACUUGAUUACUUUCUAAUAAAAAUUAUAUUUAAUAAAUUCAUUACCUUCCCGAAAUAAAUUCUGAGACUCAGGCGUGGGGAAAAAAUUCCACGCGCAUGUUGGGGGAAACUCAUAAAUAUUCAUAUGCUCCACCCAUUUAUAUCAAAAAUCUCAGAAACCUCAAAACUCUGAACACCGGUGCGGACUAGCGUUAAGAGCUAGGUUAGUGUGUCAUGAUGGAGUCGGAGGGCAUCGCGGGCAUUGAGCAGUUUGACAGCCCAGGGAAGGGCAGAGGUCUGCGGGUGAGCAGAGCGUAUGGAGUCGGUGAAUUGCUGUUCUCGUGUCCAGCUUAUUCAUACGUACUGUCUGUCAACGAGAGAGGAUUCAUCUGUGAACAGUGCUUUACAAGGAAAAAGGGUCUUGCAAAAUGUGGAAAGUGCAAAAAAGCAUUCUACUGCAAUGUGAACUGUCAGAAAAAGAACUGGCCCAUGCACAAGCUGGAGUGUCAUGCCAUGUGUGUGUUUGGAGAGAACUGGUGCCCCUCAGAGACGGUGCGACUGGUGGCCAGAAUCAUCGCCAGGCUGAGACACCAGAGAGAGAGAAGCCCAUCAGAAAAACUGCUCUUACUGAGGGAUAUGGAAGGCCACAUGGAGGAUAUGGAUAAUGAGAAAAGAGAGAUGAAUGAAGCACAUAUAGCUGGCCUCCAUCACUUCUACUCCAAACACCUGGACUUCCCUGAUCAUCAGGCCCUGCUCACACUUUUCUCACAGAUUCACUGUAACGGCUUUACUGUGGAGGAUGAGGAACUCUCGAACUUGGGUUUAGCUGUUUUUCCAGACAUUGCCCUCUUGAACCACAGCUGCUGUCCCAACGUCAUAGUCACAUACCAAGGAAUCAACGCUGAAGUACGGGCUGUGCAGGAAAUCCGUCCAGGGCAAGAGAUAUAUACCAGCUACAUAGACCUGCUGUACCCUACAGAGGACAGGAUCGAGAGACUCAGAGACGUCUACUACUUUAGCUGUGACUGCAAAGAGUGCAAAACCAAAUCUAUGGAUGUGGAGAAGAUAAAGGUGCGGAAACUGAGUGACGAGAUCAGUCAAAAGGAGAUCAGGGAUAUGGUGCGUUAUGCUCGGAAUGCCAUGGAAGACUUCCGCAGGGCCAAACUUGAGAAAAGUCCCCCUGAGCUUCUAGAGAUGUGUGAGCUCAGCAUUGACAAGAUGAGCCCUGUGUUUGAUGACGCUAACAUCUACGUCCUUCAUAUGAUGUACCAGGCCAUGGGCAUCUGUCUUUUCAUGGAGAAUUAUGAUGGGGCAGUUAGAUAUGGAGAAAAAGUCAUGAAGCCAUACACUGUCCUUUACCCAGCAUUCUCUUUAAAUAUUGCAUCUAUGUAUCUGAAGAUGGGCAGACUCUACAUUGCUCUGGACAGGAAGUCCACUGGCAUAAGUGCCCUUCAAAAGGCAUUGGCCAUCAUGGAAGUUGUUCAUGGAAAGGACCACACAUAUGUAACGGAGCUCAAACAAGAAAUGAGAGGGGAAUAAUGUAAAUAGUGUGCACUGUUUAAGAUUGUACUCGAAUUUCACUUUAUUAAAGUAAACAAAUGGAGAGACUUUCUUCAGUAAUAUGCUUAAG